AUGGAUCGACCAGAAGACUCACAACAGACUGCUCCGGCAGCGUCGAAGGCGGAGCGAAAGCCAUCGCCGUCGAACCCGAAGACCACAUACCUCAUCCUCUACAACUUUGUCUCAGCACUUCUCUGGAGCGUAGUGCUCGGCCGAGUCGUCGUGAUCGGCUCCAUCGUAGGGUGGCAGCAAGUCUUCUUGGGCACCUCAGAGUUUACCAAAUGGACACAAACACUUGCAGGAUUGGAAGUUCUACACGCAGCAACCGGCAUCGUCCGCGCACCUCUCUUCACUACUCUCAUGCAAGUAGCCUCACGCUUCCUCCUCGUUUGGGGCAUCGCUUUCAACUUCCCCAUCCAUACCUCUCGAUCGCCGGCAUACAGUACCAUGCUUCUUGCCUGGAGUAUUACAGAGAUUAUCCGCUAUUCGUACUUCGCUGUCAAUCUCACGCGGGGAAAAGUGCCGGGUUUCAUGACUUGGUUGAGAUAUAAUACUUUCUUUGUGCUGUAUCCUUUGGGGAUCAGCUCGGAGUGUUGGUUGAUCUAUCGGGCAAUUGGACCUGCAUCAUCUUUGAAUAAGGCUUGGGAGUGGGUCCUCAAGUUGAUAUUGUUCGUGUAUGUGCCGGGUGCGUAUGUGCUUUAUACGCAUAUGAUGGCGCAGAGGAGGAAAGUGUUGAGAGGACCGAGGGAGAAGAAAGGCCAGUGAGAUGGAUACUGUGGUGAUCUAGCUACGUGUUUGCAUGUCGAGCUGGUGGAGGUAGGGACAUACAGAACAAAGGCAAGCGAGGAGUCGAAGCGGUUGGGUAUAUGUGUUACAGCAGUGACACUGUGAACAGGCGCUAGGGCAUGUUGCCGACGGCGACACUAGGAGGUAGCAAAAGUAUCCAUUGCGGAUUAGAGUAGACUUGACCUUGUGAUGUAUUAUUAUAUCAUUAUUAUUAUUCCAUCAAAGAAUGCAC